AAAAAUCUGCUCAUUCGUAAGUUGGAAGCCAGCCAAAUUCUUGACAGGAGAAACGUAACUAUCUGGCAUCAUCUCAAUUUUGCGGACGAAAGUAAACAUGAUGAGAGUGUUGAGUAUGUGUUUUGUAGCUUCCAAGGGAUGGCAUUUCGACUUUUAACAUCUAAUAUUUCUUUGGCGUUGCAUUUUUUCCCACUGUAAUAACCAAAAUAUUAUUUAGAGAGUGCAUCUUAUUGGAGAAUUAAAAACGUAUUCUGCUGAUAAUGGAGUUUAAAGAUUUAUUGUGUAAUUUUGUAUUAUAUUUUUGGGAUAAUUUUAAGCGGUAUAAAGUCACUUUAUUAAGCAAUGAUUGAAGUUCUCUAUAAAUGUCUUCAAUUUUGCGGAAUUUUGAUAUUCUCUUCUAUUGGGAUUAUUUCAGAAGGACGUGUGAUAAAAUAUAAAAUUGUCAUAAAAAUACACUGCGUUAUACUGUCUGCAGAAAACGUUGCUUAGUGAUACAAAUCAUGUAAUUGUUUUUCAUUUAGUAGUCAAGAAGAGUCUUUGAGAUCUAGUCAAAUUGAAUUCGAAUGCUCACUCUACGUCUAGUCUCAUGUAGAACUCUUAAACAACCCUGAACAGAAUGCAGAGUUGCGCCGAAGAUUACUGCUAAGUUGUAUAUCAGUUUUGCAUUUCAUUGGCAGCAGUAUCUUAAGAUCACAUGAAUUUUCUAGGAAUCAUCUCAGUUGUGCGAAUUUUACAUUUUGCAAGUUAUGCAUACACUUUAUGAUAUUGAACUUGGGAAAAUGUUAACUCCAAAUCAGCAUCAAGAAUCUUCAGGUGAAAGUCGCAUUGACAAGAUGCGAAAGUUUCUCAGCUCUCCAUUGAUGAGAAAGAAGCCAUCAGUUUUACAGCUGAAAACAUUUGGCAUACCUCUUGAUAUAUUGCUACAAAGGACUCCUUCAGAUCACUCAAUACCUUUUAUAAUUACUAGACUAUGCCAAUAUAUACAGAGAACAGGUCUGACUCAAGAAGGAUUAUUUCGUAUCAGUGGAAAUGCACGAUCUGUUGAACGUCUGAGAGCAUCAUUUGAUCGUUCUGGUGAUGCACCAUUAGAAACAGAAGGUGAUGUACCAUCUGCAGCUGCUUUGCUGAAGCUGUUUCUUCGAGAACUUCCAGAUCCAAUUAUACCUCUGGCCAUGCAUUGCCAGUUCUUGAAUGCUGUCAAAGAUAAGGAUAAAGAAGAAAGUGUUGCAUGCCUUACAGACCUUGUGGAAAAAUUACCAUCUGUUAACUACAGUAUUUUGAACUAUUUGUCCUCUUUUCUGAAGCAAGUUUCAGAUUUAGAGGAUCAAAACAGAAUGAGUGCCUCUUCUCUCGGAAUUGUCUUUGGACCCAAUCUAUUCAGGGUUACUGAAGAUUUGGUUGGUCUGAAAGAACAGUCUCUCACAAAUCAGAUUGUCACUUAUUUUAUUACUGACUAUCAGGAAAUAUUUAAAAAAGAAGACAUAUUUAUGUGCAAUACCUGUUUUUCUUCUACCUCUAUUAAUAGUACUAGUCAUCAAGUAGCUGCUAUGAUGUCUUCUUGGCCUGAUACCAAAGUAUGUUCUACGUCAGUGUUAUCUACAUGGAGCCUAGUUGGACCUAUUUCUGUUCAAAUUCAGUCUGCAGAUGACUCAUGUUUAACUCUCAGUUCACUUGCUCAUUCCAUGGAAAAUCCAAUCACCAGCAGUAUUACAUCAGAUGAACAAGAACUAGCCUACUGCUCAGAAUAUCCUUUGCAUUUAAAUGACAAAUCAUCUUAUGAAGCAAAUGUUAGAGAAUCGCAUUCUUUAUCUAGCUAUGUGGAAAGGGAAACUUUUAUGUCAUUUAAGACAGAUUCACAUUUAAAAGACUUAAUGACAACAGAUGAGGAACCAAUGUUAUCUCAUUCUGUAAUAAAAGAUAGUCUCCAGGUUGUACCAGUUGAUUCUUCUGUCAACUUUGAAAAUGAUGAAGCACUUAACGAUAAAAAAGAAAAAUUGCAUGAAGUUCUGACUUUUGAUGUAAAUAAGGAAGGGGCAUACAGCAGAGAUUUUAAUUCAAAGGAUUUGGAAGUUCAUUCACCAAUGACUGUAGAGAAAAGUGUUGAAAUGCUGAAGGAUAGUCACAAAAGUUAUCCACAUGGUCGAAGAAGACACAUAAAGCACCAUAAGAAAGGGUUUGAUGUUGAAGAGAGACGAUCCCGUUCAGAACUGCGGAUUACUUCUCGAUUACACAAUGAAGAUGAAUUCAAUGGCAAUUCUACAAACCUCGCCCAGGAUUCCAAAAAUGAAUUGCAGUACAGUUCAACUGGUACUUUAGAUGAGAACUCACCAGAAACCAGACAUAGUUGGCCAGCUUUUAGGAAAACCAGAGAAGAAGAUAUUGCUUUGUCACCUUUACCCCAGAAACUUGAAAUGAAUCAAUCAUCAGAAGCUUCGGUCUCCCCUAGUGCAUUUCGAACCUAUUUGUCUCAUAGAAAUCUUCAUUUAGAUCCCAGCCUUCCACCAUCACCUCCUGUUGAGCAAGAAGACUUAGUUACAGGAACUUCUAUUGAAAUUAGUCCCUCAAAUUCGAAGCUACUUUCUCGGAAAAUCCAUGCUUUGAAAAAGAAGAUAAAACUCUUUGAAGAGCUCUAUGGUUCCCAGUCUUCUCAUACAGAAAAAUCUACUAGCAUUGCAAUGAAAAAAAUGCUUGCAGAAUUGAAUAAGGCAAGACAAGAUCUAAAAGAAUUAAAAGAAGAGCCUGUGAUCUGGGAUGCUUGUGAAACCACUCAAAACAAGAAUAGCAAAGCAACAAAUACUCGGUGUAGUCAAGGUUUAUUUUCCCUUGGUAGUGGUAAUUCAAACAUGAGUAUUGAGGAUUCAGUAAAAGAAGCACUGGAAUUCCUAGCAAGGCAUCGAAAGGAAGGGAAAAGGCCUGAAGCUCUUGAAGAAAUGAGUAGAGAUGAAUUGGUGGCAGAAAAAGUAGCUAUUCAAAAAGUAUUGCUAAACUUUGAAAGUAUGCAUGGCAGACCUUCAUCCAAGACACAUAGAGAACUCGUUCGACCUCUGUAUGACAGAUAUCGAUGCACAAAAAGACUGAUUGCCCGAAUUAAUGCUAGUAAAGACUCAGCUGAACUACAACCAAUCUUAGAACAUGAAACAAUGCAUUUUGAAACUUCAGAACAAACCAAAGAUGAAAGAGAAGUUCAAGUUGUCGUGGGAGAAGCAAAAACCAGUCAUAUUUUUGAAAAUGGGGGGAAAGGCUCAAAGAUGGCUGGAUUACAGCAUAUCAAUUUUCAUGAGUUAUCUCUGUCAGAAUUAACAGAUGAACUGAAUAUGGUGCGAGAUGAAAAACGUAGGCUAAGGAAAUUACUCAGAGAUUUUGAAGAUCAGUUUAAGAAAGAACAUGGACGUAAGGUGCAAAGGGAAGAUAAACGUGUUAUGGAAACACAUUAUAGUGCAUAUAAGAAUACCAAAGCUAAGCUCAAAUUAUUAGAAGCCUUAGUUGCUAAACGUGAGCAGAACUGCUGAGUGUCCUGUUGUGGCCUGCUUCAGCCUUCAAAAUCAUAUUUUUUUAUCAUUUUCUAGUCAUAUAUGAAAGGUUUCAAGCAAGUUUGAAACAUCGUGAAAAAUUAUUAUAAAUAUCUUAUGUGCAUGCAGUGUGUAUAUUUAUUUAUACUUCAUUUGGAAUUUGUGGCAACAUGUACCAUAUUUAGUUUAGCAUUAGAGUUCAAGAGUUCCUAUAUUCAAUAGCUUCCCAUCUCUCAUCAAUAGAUAUGUGUUAACACUAGAAGUACAGGCAAAUUUUGCUAUGUAGAAAGACAAAGCGAUCAUUUUUUACCAUUAUAGAAAAAAUGUAUUUCUUUGAACUUGCUGUGACAUUACAAUUUUUAGCAUUAAUUUGGUGUUUUUAAUCAAUAAAUUUCAAUGAAAAAAGCUAACAUAAAGAGUAAUACCAAGUGAAGCGUAAAAGCAGAAAUACUUUUCUGCUUGAUGCUGUAUUUGAUCAUUUUCCUUACACAACAAUUCAGAUCCCUUAACAGAAAAAUGCAAUGUUUCUUCCAUUUAAUUUAAAAUUCAUAAUUUCAAGAGAUUCUAAAAAUUUUAUAGUACUUUGCAACUGUAAAUUUUGAUCCAGGAAUGGAUCCACAAUGUACUUUACCACAUCUGAUACAUUUGGCAAAAAAAUAUAAUUUUGAUUUAUACAUUAUUCUGUUUGGCAUAAAAUGAAAGAACAUGUAGACUUCCAAGGAAAUAACAGUUUAUCUAGAGAUCAAAAUUUGGAAUAUAGCUCUUUGACAAUUCAUUAUGAAUUUAUUCCAAAUAUUGGAUAUUGGACAAAACUUGCUUCUCUCCAUGCUUUAUAAUGAAUUCAAAUUGUUUCUUUUCAUUGUUUUGUGUUAAUGGAUGAAUUUCUUUACCUAUCCCAUAUCUGUUAGACUGGUUAAUUUUUCACUACUAAUAUACUUAAACUGUUUUGAAGGCUUAAACAUUUUUCCAUAUUAUCAAGGGUAAUGCUGAAGUUUGAAAGCUAAUAUUUUCCAUUAUUUUCAGUGCGUUUCUGAAUUGACAUCAGUAUCAAUUUGUUGAUGAAUAGGCAGAGCACACUAAGAGAAUAUUUUCAUCCACUCUUUCAAUAUGGUGUAGGGUUAGUUUUAUCUGUGAUCAUAUUUUCAGUAGAAGUUUUAUCUUUAUAUUUUUAUUCUGUUUUAUUCAUCUAUAUUAUCCCAAGAUGAGAAACCAAAAUGCCAAGCUAGCUCUUCUUUAGAUGAAAACACGCUUUUGGAAUCUUAAUUGUUUAUUUCAUGGAUGAGAUUUCAUGUUUGUUUCAACACUUAAUUCACAGCAUCACUUUAGUUAUUUACUGAAUUAUGGAAUUUAUCAUUAAAAAAUGAAGUUUCCUAGGUACUAAGCCUUACCUUAUGAAUCAACUGGCAAAAAAAUAUAAAUUUUAAACAGCUGCCAUGUGUUACUAUUUAGUACUUAUUUAGGUAAAUUAUUAAUAUUUUUUAAAUAAAUUACAAAAUCAAGAAAUAUUUGUAACACUGUAAUACAGAGGUCAAAUUAGGAACGAAGAUCUGUACUCAAAAUAACAACUCUAAGUACAAAUUUGGACAAAUGGUAAAAAAUGACUGUUUAGUAUUUCUAAAUUAAAAAAGAAUAUUCACUAAUUUAGCUAAUUCUUAAUAUUUGAAUGAGAAAUCAGUGUCUCACCAGUAUUGCAUAAAAGCAUAUCAUUUCAGGAGAUUUAAUUUUGUAAUUAAUUACAUGAUUAAAGUUUUCUAUGAAGCCUUUGCAUUCCAAGCAUUUUCUGAUAAAUCAUUUUCUGACUGAUAAGCAACUUCAGCAUAUUUUAGCAACACUUUUUUAGAAAACUAAAAAUUGUCUGUGGAAGCAAACAGAACUAAUUAUUUGCAUUUGAUUGACAACAGAAUGUUUUAAAAAAGUACAUAACUGUCUCCUAAAUGGUUGGUCAUUCAAGAGAUUUUUAAUUGUUUAUAGGCCUUUGGUUACUUUAAGAAAUAAAUUGAGUAAUGUAGGUUUUCAGAUUGUAACAGUUAUGGUCAUAUGGCAGAUUUUAAUAAAAAUAUGUGAAGUAGUACUUUUUAUAUGGGCCUUUUGUAAAGAAAUUUCCCUCAAUCAUUCCUUUUUAAGCUUAAAAACAUUUACAGGAAGCAAGUCUUUUCAGAAGUAUAUAGCUUGCAUACUUUUACCUGAAGUGAAAUCAACAAUUAAAGAUAGUAUAUUUUUGCUAUGGUCUGGCUUUAAUUUCAAAGCUAUGAUUUGGCAUUAAAAGUUCUCUGACAUAAGUAUUUUUUUUUUUUAAUUUACAUUGAAAAUCUCAACUAAUAUGGCUACUUAUAGAAAUGUAAGAAUUUUAAAUUAAUGACCGAAAGAAUUUUAUUGAAUGAUACCUUAUACCAUUAUUAACCUUUCAACGCGUAUGUUUUAAAAGUAGGAAAUCACCCCUGAAAGAGAAUAACAGACACUUUUUCCAAAAUUCAUGAAUGAGUUUUUUUAUCAUCAAUAUCAACUAAUGAUUUGCUUCCUAUAUUCAAUAAAAAAUUUUCAAGAAAGCAGAUGAUUUCCAUGAGUUGGUCAGUGAUUCUGAAUCAAUCUCAACAAUGCCUUUACUGUAUUUACUAUUUCCCCAGCUUAACUAGUAAGGUAAUAGUGAGACACUAUCUGCCCCAACAGCAAAGGCAUAUGGAAAAAUACCUCAUCCUCUCUUCUUCCCCCUUUUACUCUCUGCAUCUUAUCUAAACAUUUCAUUUUGAUAUCAGUCAGCUGUAGAAGAAGCAAUCAGUUAUCUAAAAAGUUUUUAUUUGUUUGACCAAACCUCCCCAGGGGGGUGAGUUGUAUAAAAACUUUUGUUGCAUAUGUUUUUAUUAAGGUGUGCUAUAGGACCAAAGGUAUCACAGUCUGAAGUCUUAUUUCAUUCACUUUAAUGGAACAGUAAUUUGAUGAUCAGCCAUUGCUCAUGCAAUCUUUUUUUUAAAUAAACUGCAUAACAUAAUGUGUAUGCAUAUUAAAUCAAAAUGCAUACCAUCUGUUUGGAUGACAGAGUUGCAGAUGUGGGAUUCAUAAUACAAAUCAAACAUGCAAAUUUAAAUUUUAGAAUGUUGCAAAGUUUCCCAUAAGUCAUUGAUUGGAAUGCAAAGGUUAUUAACUUGCCAAAUGCAAUGUAUUAUUAUUACAAGUAUUAUCCUUUAAACUUUGUAAAUUUAAUUAUUUAAUUAUGAUGAAAAAGUCAUUAAUUUUGUAAUAUUACAUUUUAAUCAAUUUUGUACAAUUUUAUAUGAAAAUUAAAGUUGCAAUAAAUUUACUCUGCACUGAGAAAAAUGUUAUCAUCAGCAGUCUCUGUAAUUAUUAUAUUGCAGUGCCAUUUCUAAAUGCUUUGCUGUGCAGAAUUGUUUCUUUACAUUUCUACUAUUACCUGAAGUAUUUGCUUUAUAUUUAUUUAAAAAUAAGAAAACAGUUGUCUGUUUUUGCUUAUAUUUAUUUAAAAUAAGAUAACAGUUAUCUUAACAUUAACCCUGUGGUUAGCAUAACUACCAUUAUCUGGCAUGAGAUUUAUGUCACAAGGCAUAUAUAUUGCCUUUUUAUUUAAUUUUUUUUCUUAUUUUAUGUAAUUAUUUAACUACAGUUCUAGCAAAAAAAAAGUUAUGGAAACAAAUAAAUAAUUCAUUAAUUAAAUAAUACACUGUAAAUACAGUGUUUGCAACUUAUUCAAAUCACUUCUAUUUCAAGGGGAGUUGAUUAAUGCUUUUUCACAAUAAUAUGGAUAGAAUACUCAUCACUUAGACUGUCAACAUCAGAAAUCUUUCCCUAAACUGGCAUUUUAGUUAAGCACAAAUACAAUCACUUCUCUUAAAUUUGUGAACGGCCCUGAAUAUGAUGCCCAACUUUAAACUUCAAUAUUUGUCAUAUGGAAAUUACAAUUUUUAUAAUGAAUAUAACAUUUUUCUAAAUAAGAAUAUCGGGACUGGGAAAAUAUAUAAAGUCAGGUUUCAUAAUUUUUACAGCAUUGAUUUUUAUAAUUUAAAAAUGUCAUCAUAUAAUUUAAAACAUCAAAAUAUUUUAAUUUAAAUAUGCAUCAUACAGUACAAAGUUCGAAAUCCGGACUUGUUGGG